CUGUUACAAUUUGUAAGUUACAAAUUGUUUUUUAUUUGUCUUUUCAAGUCUUUUUAUCUAAUUAGUCUUAUCAAUUUUUUUAUUCGUGAAAGUUUUUUUGCUCGACUGUUUUCUUGGUUGCAAUUUUGGUUUUUUGUUCUCCUUGGUUGUAGAAAACAAUGACAACUGAAAGUGUUUGUGCUUGGAAAGAGAAAGAUGAUAAAUUUGGUAAAUUGUUUUGUUCCAUUGAAAAGAAUAUUUUGGAUAAAAAUGAUCUACACAAGGAAUAUGACGAGUUGUUAAAGGAAAGUUACACUUCUCUUUGUGAUUAUCUGAGAAUGGAUGUUUGUGCUGGUGAAGAUCCGCUGGAGAAAAUUGAGGAGGAAAAGAAAAUGUUAAAAGAGAAUAUUGAAAAUAAGAAAAAUGAAGUGAAGAAACUGGACGAAAAAAAGGAAGAUUGGAAAGCUAAACUGUGCUGUAAAAAAGAUGAAUUACGGAAAAUUGAAGAGAUGAGAGAUGAUCCAAAUCUUGGAAUUGAUAUAAAUUCUAAGAACAAAUUCAAAGUUCUGAGUAAAUUCUUGAAUGUCUCAUAUAAAACUGACCAAGAUGGUCAAGCGAUUGCAGUUCUUUUCAAAGAUGGUAACCGACAGAUCCGAUUCGAUGACCAAAGUCGAUCCAAGCAACAAAAGAUGAACGAAUUUUGGAGAAUCUUGGAAUAUAUUGAAAAUAACAAUCGAAAAUAAUCAUGAUCAUUUUAUUUGUUCCAUGAUUCUUGUUUUUGUCCAAAGUGUUUUUCAUUAUUUGGGGUAAGGAUUUUGUAUGUAUUUGUAAUUGACCAGAAAACGAUAAAAAAACAGAAUGUCCAA